GUCCAGAAUUCUGAACUUAAUGGAGCUAUUAGCAAACAAACGAAAAGGGACAAAAAGAGGGAAAAAAGAAAAAUGAAGAAAGAAGAGAAAUUACGAGAGAAAAUAGCUAAAGAAGAGGAAAAGGUUGUUCAGUUGUACUUUAUAAGGGUAGACAAGAUUAUGAAAAGGUACACAAAGGGUGUGAUAUUACAACGGAAGCAGGAAGUAAAGAGGAGAAAGCAGAUGGAAAAGACGGAGAGAAAAGCUCAAAAGAUGUUGGAGAAAGAAAUGAAGAGGAUGGAGAAAGAAUGUGUACAAAAUGAAAAGAAGAAAAAGGCCCAAACUAUAGUUGUAAAGGAAAAACACAAUGAUAUAAAGAAAAGCAAAACAAAGAAGGAGACAGGGAAUAAUAAGGGUCAUGAGAAGAAAGAGGCUCAAACUAUAGAUUUUAUAGAGGCUAGACAAAAUGGUAUGAAGAAAAGCAAAAAAAAUAAAGAGGCAGAGAAAAACAUAGAUGAACAGAAGAAAGAACCCCAAACUAUGGAUAUUAAGAAGGAAAACAUUAAUAAAAUGGGUACCACCAAUGGCGGAAAGAAAAACACAAUUUCAGCAAACAUUCAUGCAUUUUUUCGAAUCUUUUCUUGUAAUAAACGACGAUAA